AUGGAACCCUUCUCCUCACCAGAGCCAGGGGCUCCUGCAGAGGAGAGCUCAUCUGGGCUGCAGAAAAAACACCAUGUGCUGGUGGGUGUGACAGGAAGUGUCGCUGCCCUGAAACUACCUCUUCUCAUCACUGAGUUGCUGAAAAUUACUACGGUCGAAGUGCAAGUGGUCACUACUGAGCGAGCAAAGCAUUUCUACAAUGCCCAGGAUAUUCCAGUCACCCUCUACAGCGAUGAAGAUGAAUGGCAGAUGUGGAAGGGUCGUUCAGACCCAGUCCUGCACAUUGAGCUCCGGCGCUGGGCUGACCUCAUGGUGGUGGCACCUCUGGAUGCAAACACGCUGGCAAAGCUUGCCAACGGCAUCUGUGACAACCUGCUGACUUGUGUCAUCCGUGCAUGGGAUCUGAGCAAACCUCUGCUCUUCUGCCCAGCUAUGAAUACAGCCAUGUGGGAACAUCCCAUCACAGCUCGGCAGGUGGAGCAGCUGAAAGGCUUUGGCUACAGAGAGAUCCCCUGUGUAGUGAAGAAGCUGGUGUGUGGUGAUAAAGGUCAAGGUGCCAUGGCAGAAGUGUUGACCAUUGUGGAGAGUGUGAAAAGGAUCUUGGAAGAACAGGAAUUGCCACCACGGAGAUGACGGUUUGGCGUGAAAACUGUAUUUGUGCCUCCCUAGUGAUCUGGAGAUAAAACCAACAGGAAGCUGAGUCAAGAUGGCAUGUAUACCUGUAGCAGGCUCUUCAACCAAAGGAGGGAAACAGUUGUCUUCCAGCUGGUGCGAAACUGAAAUGUGGUACGUCACUGCAGGCUUUCAGAAACCAAAGCCAAGAACGUGUUUCUUCAGUGUGGGAAAACUGCGAUAUCUCACAGAGAGGAAGUAACGUUCCACGAGGCUGCUUGCCCCCUCAUAUUGCACGUGUGCCCCUUUCUGGGAGGCUGCAGAGGGAAUUGCAAAUGCAUUUUGAGUGCAGUGGUUUCCCCAAGAGCAUUUUGCCCGUGGGAACUUAAUAAAAGAGAGUUUUCAACACUGCCUCUGAAAAAAAUGCCUCUUGUAGCUGCUCUAGGGGAGGUUUGCACCUAACAUCAUUACUAAAUUAUCGUGUCUGCAUGAAGUUUUGAUCAGAGGUGAGGAAAAAAAACCUGACCAGAAGAAGCCAUCUA